GCUACGUAAACUUCAAAAUUAAGUAAAUAACUAAGGUUAUUUUUAUCAACUAUAUAGGAAAUUUUUGACGAUGAAAUAACAAUAAGGAGGUUGAGUUUUUUUUUACCAUUCUGUUAAAUAGCACACUUAAAAGUGAACGAUGACUUUAAUAUCAAAAUUUUUACCGCUUUUACGGAACGGUAGCACCACUGAAAAGAUUCCUGCCAUAUUACAAACUAAAUUUAGAACUAAUACCCGUUACUUCUCUUCUGAGAAAGAAAGUGGUUUGACUAAAUCCAAAAGCAAGGAAAGUGCUUCUCAUGUAUCUACAGAUGUAAGACCCUUAGGAGAAAAAAUCAAAGAAACUACAAAAACUGUUUCUUACACCGGCGUAAUACUUCUCGGUGUCGGAGUCACAGGUGUGAUUUUCUUUUACGUUUUUCGAGAACUCUUCUCAAGUAACAGUCCGAACAGCAUUUACUCAGAAGCUCUUGAGAAGUGCAAACAGGAUCCUAGAGUAGAAGAUGCUCUAGGUGCACCAAUAAAAGGUUAUGGAGAAGAAACAACUAGGAGAAGACGUACCCAUGUCAGUCAUGCAGUAUAUGAAAAAGAUGGAGUGAAACAUAUGAGAAUGAGAUUCUAUAUUAAAGGGAUAAGAAAUAAAGGUGUUGUCGAACUUGAUAUGAAACAAAAUGAUUAUGGAAACUAUAUGUGCAGAUAUUUGCUGGUACAACUUGAUGACUACAGUGGAAAAACAUUUAUAAUUGAGGACAACCGAGCUGAAUUAGAUAAUACCAAACCUGAUAUCGCAUUUCCAACCUUAACUCUCACUCAGUGAUAUAAAAUUAACUAUGUAACAUGUAAAUAGUAAACUAGAUAUCGAAUAAAUGAUU